AUGAAUAGAGAACAUUUGGAUGAGCAUAAUUACUUUUUGAAUCUUCCUGAACAAAAUAUUGAGGAUGUAGAUGAAGAAGUCAACGUUCAAGAACAAGCAAUGACAUACAAAAUAAUUCCUGGUGUGAGACUUAAGUCUCAAAUAUUUGUGGACAAUUUAAAUCACCGAUACUACAAAAGUAAAAGUCGAAUUAAUAAAAUAUAUUUAGUAUGCGAAAACCAAAAAAAUCGCGGAGAAUUUUGUUCUGCCACUGCCUAUAUAAGCACAAACAUCAACGAUAAUGUUAUAACGGUACUAGGACAACACAACCAUGAUCCUCGCUCUGUUAGAGAAAUUUAUAACAGAGAAAUAGUCGAAAAUCCAGAAGGUGCAGUAAAUUAUACAUUUUUGCAAUCCCAAUUGUGUGUAAAAAAAAUGCGUCGGCGCCGUCAUCCAAAGAACCCUUCUACAAUCGAAGAACUGAUAGAUAUCUUGAGCCACCAGCAAAAUUCAGCAUAUGGAUCAACAAUGCAGAAUCCAUCCUCAAAUUUUUUUCAACAACAAUUACCAUUAAUGGCAGAAGGCGAAAGGGUUGGCAUAGUUUUUGCAAAUUUAGAUGCUAUUCAAAAGUAUAGGGAAGAGCUCUUUACAGUAACCGUUGCAGGUAUUGAUGGGACUUUUAAAACGGUUCCCAGAUGUCCACCUCAGUUCACCAAAGGUUGUCUUUUGACAUUUCAAGUGGUUUUAAAAAAUGUAUCUUUUCCAAUGGUUUAUGCGCUAACUUCAAAAAUGACCCAGGCUGCAUAUGAAUCGUUUUUGAUAAUUACUCGCCAGAUUUUGCCAUUAAACUAUGCGGAGCUAGUAAUUAUUUCAGAUUUUGAAAGGGGUUUAAUAAAUGCUGUAAAAUCAGUCAUUCCUGAAAGCAGAUAUCAGGGGUGUUGGUUUCAUUAUUGUCAAUCUAUAGUAAGGUACUGCAGAAGGACUAUGAAUAGUAUAUUCAAUCUCUUCCAAUCCAUUCCUGAGGCGGCUAAAAUAUUGCGCAUGAUCUUAGCCUUACCUCAUUUGCCAGCAGAAGUAAAUCCCAAUUGUAGGUUCACAAUUUUUGAUGGAUUCAGGGUAGUUGUUGAAUUUGCCAACCAACAUCCAAACAUUUCUCAACGUUUGGAGAUUUUUCUCUUUGGUUAUGUUCAAGAUUUUUGGCUAAUACAAAUUGGCGCUGCAUCUAUAAGUGUCUACGGUUCUGAUGUCCGCACCAACAAUUAUUUGGAGUCAUUUCAUGCAACACUGCUAAACCAAAUGGGAAAACAUCCAAAUAUUUGGGAUUUUUUGCAAAAACUGUUGCUGAUUGAAAAUCAGUUUUAUAUUGAAAUGGACCAAGUUCGAAGAAACCUUACAGUUAGAAACCAUAAGUCUAGAGUAGACAGAGCAGACGCAACGCGUAGAAUAAGGGAUUAUAUUAAUAUAUUAAAUGAGGAUGGGAACCUCUUAAUGUUCCUUCAAAGAGCAGGCCAUAUGAUGGACGGUUAUCUUCAUGGGCAAGUUGGCCCACAGCCAUAA